ACCCUAAAAUGCUGUGCCAUGGUUUUGCAGGGGAGGAGAUCGUUGGCGAUAUGGGGCGGAAUAACGCUCGCCGCGAUCGCGAGGCUGCUUUUACUGAUGUCAGGCGCUUCCGCGCGGCUCAGUCGAUCGGUGGAAAUCGCUACUCCGGUCACUAGUCUCGUUCGAUUGGAGGAGGGAUUUUGGCUCAAGAAGCUGGGAUUGUCUCCUUAUGCCGGAUCUGUUUAUCAUGGAUCUCCAUUGCUGCUGGAAAUCAUCGGUCCGCUUGGCGCAAAUAGCCCCAUUCUUUUUCUUCUUUCGGAUUUCGCUACGGCUCUGUUGAUAAUUCUCAUUGGAAAGCGUCUCUCCGCUGCUCGCGAUCACUACACUCGUCUUCUGGAGCUGCCAAUACCUUCCCAAGGUGAAACGCUUGACAUUGGAGAGAUAGCCGCGCUACUCUAUCUUUUUAAUCCCUUCACAGUCUUUGUCUGUGUUGGAGGAUCGACGUCGUCUUUCGAAAGCUUCGUUGUAUGCUUGGCUCUCUACGCUUCGUUAGAAGGAAAUGCUCCGCUUGCUGCUUUUGCGUGGGUGAUGGCUUCGCACUUCGCAAUGUAUCCUCUUGUUCUGUUAAUUCCGAUCGCGUCGGCGCUGUGUUGCGGACCAGACAAGCCCCGCUCCAAAAUAUUCAGGCUAAAGUCUUCAGAAUCUCUGAAGUCCUCGACCAACGUUCAAUGGCAAAAGCUCUGGAGCUUUAUCCUCUGGUCAGCCGUCUGGUCGUCUUGCGUACUGGGAUUGUGUAACCGGAUUCUUCGUCACGAUGGAGGUCUCGGAGAAAUGCUAAGAGAGACGUAUGGCUUCAUUUUAACUGUCAAAGAUCUCACUCCAAACAUUGGAGUGUAUUGGUACUUUUUUACCGAGGUGUUCGACUUCUAUCGGUCAUUCUUCCUCAUGGUGUUUCAUGGCAACAUAUUUUGCAUGAUAGCACCACUGUCUAUAUGCUUCUAUCACCGACCGAUUUUCCUUUCUUUUAUUUUAAUGGCGGUUGUCUCGACUCUAAAGUCUUACCCCUCGGUUGGAGACGCGGCGUUGUAUUUGGGACUGAUGGGCCUUUUUACUCACGAGCUCUCUGAUUUUAAGUACGCGUUCCUUCUCCUCAAUUCCUACAUUUGCGUUGCAGCUCUUGGGCCCGUGAUGUUCAACCUAUGGAUUUGGAGGGGAACAGGAAAUGCCAACUUCUAUUUUGCGACUGCUUUGGCCUAUGCGUUUGUCCAGACAAUUUUGAUCGUUGAAAGCGUCAACUCGAUGCUACGCUUCGAGCGAGGCCUCAAGCUGACAAUCAAAACAACACUGUCAAGCUCUAAGAAAGACAACUGAAAACCUCUUUUAGAGGCGGCGAUCUUAGCACACCGAAUUGGAGAUCACUGACGUUAAGCCUUGAUUGCUGCCAUAAGUUAAUCCAUAUGUGCAUAGUACUUGCUACUUGCUAUAAACGAUUUGCUAUGCUCAUUGUUAGAAAUAGUAUAUAAAAACCACCAGACAAUUCUGUGGGCAAUACAUGGCAUCUUUAAAUUG